GGAAAUAAGAAACAGUCCAUGGUUUUUUAGAAUGUAAUAAAUAUGCUCAGGAAAGAGAGAUAUUGCGUAGAGAGUUAGGCAGGAGUAAAAAUAAAUUAAAUAUAAGGGAAUUGUUUCAGAGAUCAUCUGGGGAUGCAGGUUUUCGGAGCAUUUUUAGUUUUCUAAAAAUGGGUAUUUUGGGGAGAAUAUAAUUGUCUGUCUGGUCAUUUAGUAGAGCAGAUUGGGAGAAAUAUAAGAAAAUAAGUGAAGAUAAAAUUAAGGAAAUUGACAUGAAUCUUGAUAUUGAUUCAUUAAAUAAAACCUUUUGUAGUUCAAUUAUAGAACCUGUUCAACAGUUAGUUCCAAAAAAAGGAGGGAUACAUAAAAAGAAGAUUGUUCCAUGGUGGACAACAGAAUGGGUGUUUGGUGCGUUCCCACGACCUGACAAUCAGAUUUUGUCAUUUAGAGAAAGUAACAUGAUUGGUGGUAUAGAUUCUACGCAGAGGUUGUCUCCAGCAAGGUGUUUGACAUGGGGAUUCAAAUCCUUGUUGUGAUCAACUGCGUCACCAUCUUCUUGGAGAGGCCUGCUGUCCAGCCAGAGAGCAUGGAACAACAAAUCCUAGAACAGAUCUCAUGUCCUCUCUUACAUCUAUGUGCUGGAAAUGCUUCUCAAGAUCACAGUGCUGGGACUGGUGUUUUGGGAAGGGGAGCUACUGCCACAGUCCCUGCAACAUCAUUGAUGGUUUUUUGGGCAUCAUAUCCUUAGCUGACAUCUGCACGGACCCAUUGACAUCUGGAACAGGCAGCUCUCUGGGCAUCCUGAAAAUCCUGCGCCUGCUGCGUAUGCUCCGUGACCUCAGGAUGGUCAAACAAAUUCCAAAAGUGAAGCUGGCUGUGGAGGCUCUGCUGCCGUCUGUUAAACAUAUGGGGAAUAUUAUUCUCAUUUGCAGCGUUUUCACCUUCUACAGCCUCCUUGGGUUGCAGGCCUCCAUAUCCGUGUUUCUGAUGAAUUCCAAAGAUGGCUGUAUGACGGCUGGGCGCGGUCGGAGUUGGCCAACAGCCCAACUACUACCUCUUGAUGCUUCACUACUUCACAUCCUUCAUCCUGAUGAGCUUCAUUCUGCUGGAUAUGUUCAACAGGGUGAUGGUGACACCUUUUACAAAUGUCAGCGAGAGCAGAGACAAUCCAAAGAAACUGAGAGUGACCCGGACAGUGGCAGCUCUCUGGGCAUCCUGAAAAUCCUGCACCUGCUGCGUAUGCUCCGUGACCUCAGAUAG